UUUCAUAAACCUCCUCCUCGGCUCCAUUAGCUCACAGUCAGUCAGGAACUUUCCAACACUCUACAGGACUCUAUUGGACUCUAUUGCUUCACCUGAUACACAUACCGGGACUUUUCUCCAGCCAUGAGUCGGGUUUCUCCGCCUGUGUUUAUGUUGCUAGUACUGAUUGCACUCCAUGCCGAGGCUAUGGUGAAGACCAGGUCUGGAGACAAUCUGGUAAGAAAAAGGCGAGAAUGGAUUAUCCCUCCAAAGCCACUGAUGGAAAAUGUAGACUUCACUCAAGAAGAAUUUAUUGCCAAGAUUCGAUCAGAUUUUGAAGCCACUGAAGAUAUUAUGUACUCACUAGAAGGUGUUGGUGCAAACAAACAUCCCUUCCACGUCUUUGUAGUUGACCGGAAAACUGGAUUUAUUAAAGUGACCAAAAAGCUUGACAGGGAGGAGAUCGCCAUGUACAAUCUGUCAGGUGUUGCUCAUAACAUGGCCAAUGGCAAAGAAGUAGAGAAGAAAAUUGACAUAAGAAUCAAGGUUGAAGAUGACAAUGACAACUCUCCAGAGUUUGGAAUCAUCAGACCUGUGGCUGUGGAUGAGCUCAGUCCCACAGGGACUACAGUAAUGAAAGUAAUGGCAACUGAUGAUGAUGAACCAGGGAAUAAUAACUCUAAGAUUGCCUACAGCAUCAUAAAUCAGAGUCCAAGUCAUGACAUGUUCGGAAUUACAAAGGAUGGGGACAUCUACGUAAAUAAGCCUACCCUGGACAGAGAGACACAAGACAAGUACAUUCUGACAGUGAAAGGUCAAGACUUAUAUGGUGAACCAGAGGGAAGAGUUGGAAGCGGUACUGUUACCAUCAAUGUCCGAGAUGUGAAUGACCACCCUCCCACUCUGGAAAAAUCAAUGGUCAAUGGGACAUAUUUCGCCAAAGUUCUGUGCAUUACAGAAGAUAUGCCCGCUAAAACAGCCACCGGCACCAUAGCCAUCCAGGUGGAAGAUUUUAAUGACCAUUGCCCCAAACUGAACAAAACCAUCAAGUAUAUGUGUACCACGGAUGAUUCUGUUAUUGUGAAUGCCGUAGAUGAGGAUGUUUACCCUAACGGACCUCCUUUUCACUUUACCAUCAUCCCAGAGGGCACGGUGGGCAAAUGGAAGGUGGAGCCUCUCAAUGACACUUUCGCUAUCCUGAGGGCCCAGGAGUCCAUGUGGCCUGGUUUCUACAAGGUGCAAUUAAAGGUGACGGACGAGCAGGGAGUGGCCUGUCCAGAACCACAGAAAGUGGAGGUCAAUGUUUGUACGUGUGAGGAUGGAGUGCGGUGUGGACAACGAGGCGCCAAUGGUCAGCCCAGCAAAGGAGUAGAGUUAGGACCUGCAGGCAUCGGACUGCUACUCCUGGGCCUGCUGCUUUUACUAUUCAUUCCUCUGUUGCUGCUCUUCUGCCAAUGUGGGGGGGCUGCGGGGCUGCCAGGUGGCUUUACUGAGAUGCCUUUUGACACCAAAUCACACCUCAUUAACUACCACACCGAGGGCCAGGGAGAGAACACGGAGGUGCCGCUCCUGAACAUGCCAACAAAAAUGGAUGGCGAUAUGAUCAAUGUGGAUAUGGGCAUGGCUACCAAAACUUCAGCGAUGGCGCCCAUGGCAGGUUUGGAUUUCCAGAAAUCCGUCACCUCUGUGGACGGGAUGAAUGGGACUAUCUAUCAAGACGGUUUUUCAAGUGGCCAUAGAGAAGGGACAUGGGGGACGAUGAACCGUCUGGGUGGCAGUGGCUUCUACUCUGAGUUUGAGGGCAGAGAAUCAGGAGUAGGUGGAGGACUUUGUGAUGGCAUGGCUCUGCCAGACCACUUCCUGGGACAGUACUACUAUCAGAAGGUGAACAGUGGAAAUGAGAACCUUGGAGUUAAGGAUGGUCUCUUGGUUUAUGACUACGAGGGUCAGGGCUCCUCUGCUGGCUCAGUGGGCUGCUGCAGCCUCCUGGAGUCUGACAACGACCUGCAGUUCCUCGAGGACCUUGGGCCAAAGUUCAAGACCCUGGCUGAAGUAUGCGGAGGCAAGAAGAUCCCAGCUGAACUCAAACCAAUGUUUACUCCUCUGCCCAGUGCCUCCAUCAACACUCAGAGCUCUGUAUCAAGUGUGGUGAAAGCCCAACAGCUGCCCCCUCCACCCCAGCGACAGCCAACCAUUGCCAAAACAGAGCAGACUGUGUUCAGGGAGACAUCUGAGAGUUCCCAGCAGCAGCAGCCUGUCUACUACACCACCACCCCUGUGAUGCAGCCGAUGCACUAUGUAGUCCAGCCACAAGUUCAGAACACUGUGCUUUUGGCUGAGGCACCAUCCACCAACAUGCAGGGCAUGGUAUUAGUUAAUGGCACCCAGACCGGACCUGCCCAAGGUAUGGUUGUUCAGGGACAGAUGAUGUCUAGCGGACAAGCCCAGGGCCCCGGGAUGAUGCUGGUGGAGAGGAGCGGGAUCAAUGGGGCCGGUGCAAACCUGAUCCACACUGGCAACCUCUCUGGUUCCCAGACCAUGAUGGUCAUGGAGGGCAAGGUCCCUACAGGUUCCCUGAAAGUGCUGAAGGGGGGCCAGACUAGCUUCAUGCAGGGGGGCACUCUACAGUCAGGAGGGCUUUCAGGAUCUCAGAGAGUCCUGGUGGUCGGAGGACCAAUAAGCAGCGGAGGGCAGCUGGUCCAAGAGGGUGGAGGUCUGUCCCA